AUGUUUACUGCAAAAAAAGUACUUUGGGUGCUAAAAGAACAUGGACAGUCUUGGGAUGGCGCUUAUUUUCGUGACACUAUCCUUCGACAACAGGUGAUCCCAUUUCUUCGUGAUUCGUCCAAUGUUCUCGAUACGAACGAAGUGAUAUUUCUUCACGACAAGGCACCUUGUAUGAAAGCGAAUGCAACACAACAUCUUUUAGAAGAUGGGAAUGUGAAUUUCUGGGGAAAUUCAAUUUGGCCAGGCAAUAGUCCUGACAUGAAUCCUGCAGAAAAUAUUGGUGCAAUUAUUAAAGAUAAAGUUGAGGAACUAAUGGCAAAUGAAGAUCGUCGUAGCAGAUACAAUUACGAUGCACUGAAAACGAAUUUGGAGAAUACGCUCAAAGAUCUUGAAAAUGAUACAGAUCUUUUUAUUGACUUGUUAUGCUCGAUGCGAAAAAGAUUUGAUGCUCUCAAGGCUGCUGAUGGGGGUCAUACGAAGUUCUGA